CGGACGUUUUCAAGAUCGGACCAUUUUGUGUCCUGCUCUGUGGGUCAUUGAGACCGAUGAAUCUUGCAGUUGAUCAUUUUCCUAAUAUGACGUUUUCUGGGUGAAUUAUGUUCUCUGUUAUACUUAGAAGAAGCCCCAUAACUGCCCAGAAGGUAUUGCACUGGGCAAGAGUGCCACCGAAAUGUUGGACAUCUUCUGUGAUUAGAGGAACUAAUACAGGGUCAAGCACACUAGAGAUCAGAUGGGCAUCCUCAACCAGACCACCAACAGAAUGGUCUGGAGCUUCUCAUGAACAGUGUUCUCCUGCUGUCUUUGCUUUCAUGAGAACUGAGGUCUUCCAGAAUACUCAGUUUCAUGCAUCCACAUUCACACAGAGGAAUCAAUAUUUCCAUUCUUCUGCUGUGAGGCUAAAAAAGAGAGAAAAGCCCGAACCUCCGCCCAGACAGCUGGACCUACUGCGUUACGACAUGAAGGACUUCUGGAAGAGUCCCAAACCGGCUCUCUGGCUUGGGUUUGCAGGGCUGAUCCCCUUUGUUGCCCCGCCUCUCUUCAUGGGCAUCACUGAAAGCUGCUUCUCAGAGCUUGCCUAUGCGCAGGUAGCCUAUGGGGCCUCCAUUGUUUCCUUCCUAGGUGGAGCUCGUUGGGGAUUCGCCCUCCCUGAGAGCAGCCCAGCCAAACCUGACUGGGUAAACCUGAGCAACAGUGUAGUUCCCCCGCUCUUGGCUUGGGUCUCCAUGCUGAUGGCCGACAGCAUUAUUCCUGCAGCCACUAUGGUUAUCAUGUCACUGGGAAUCUUGCUUCACUAUGAUCUGUCACUGCUGCCCACUUACCCAAGCUGGUUUAAAGCCCUGCGUGCUGUCUUGACCAUUGUGGCAUUUUUUUCUCUUUUGGGCACCAUCAUUUUGAUCGGAAUAUAUCCAGAGAAGAAAUUGUUUUCAGAGUAAGAAAUCAUGCAGACAUUGUAACAGCAGAUGUUUUGUUUACAUCUUGUUUGAUUGAGAGUAUCUGUGUAGUUUCAUCAAACAAGCUCAACAUUGAAAUAAA